AUGAAUUCAAUGUUGUUAUCUGUUAAUAAAGAAAAAAAUAAUUAUAAUCCUGUAUCUAACAAUUUAGAAUGUUGUAAAUGUAAUGAUUGCAGAUUAUUUAAAAUUGAAGUUCGUGCUUCAUUUCAACAUAUUAUGAAUGUAUUAAAUAGAAUAAUUCAAAAAGUAGACAAUGAUCAUCAUUCAAGAAGUACAGUUGCUAUAUCACCUGUCUCAGAUCUAGCAUAUUCUGUAAAUCAAGCUUUGGAUGUUAUUAACAGUAUUAAUACACAAGAAAAUGAUUGUAAUCAUGUAUCAUUUAGCGAUAAUAAAAGAAAUUAUGUGGAUGAAUUACGAAGGAAUGGAAAAGAUAGUCCUAUUUCAUCAUCACUUAAACAAACAUCACCUAGUGCACCAAGUUCUGUAGAUAAUAUUUCUGUGAACGAAUCAUUAACAGAUGAAAGUAUUGAAAAAAAAUCAUAUAAUACUGAAUUGAAAAAAAAUAUUUUAUAUACUGAUAAAACAAUGAAUAUUGAAAAUAGUACAGAAAUAUUUCAUGGAGUAUUAGGAAAUAAAAUUUCUGAAAAAAUAACAAAUAAUAUAAAUAUUAUUUCAAAUAAAAAAAAUAAUUCUAAUGAUAAAGGAAUAAAUCUAGAAUUAACAGAAAAUUUAAAUAUACCAAUGCCAAUACAACUUUUUGAUAAUAUAUUCCAAAAUAAUUCAGAACUUUCCCAAAUUAAUAUGUUACGUUUGUCUCCCAAUGUGUUACCUUCUAUUAAUAAUUAUAGAUUUCAAACAACACAAAAUGAUAUUACUUCACAACAAUUAAUUGCUACAUUAGAUGCUAUAAAAAAUAGUCAAAAUUCGUAUCCACAAUUAUUGAAUACAAAUAUAUGUAACUUGCAACAACAAGUUAUGAAGAAUGAUGAUGAUUUAGUUGAAAAUAAUAAUAAUAAUAAUACAGAAACAAUUCAAGAUUCAUCAUUAAAUUCAGAUUUAAAUUCAGGAGUCACAAAAUGUUCAAAUUGUAAUACAACUACAACAACUGCAUGGAGAAGAAGUGACAAAGGAACAUUAGUUUGUAAUGCAUGUGGUUUAUACUUUAGAUUACAUCGUCAAAACCGCCCGGUACAUAUGAGAAAAGAUUUCAUUCAACAAAGGUUUAGAAAAAAGAAAGAUGAAGAAAAUGAACAGGGUGAUUCUAAUACAUCACAUCCUAAUGGCACAACAUCAUCAGAACUUAUUUCAAUAUCAAAUCUACUAGAAAUUAAUCAAAGUCUUUUACAAUUAAAACAACAAGUUAUUGCUGAAAAUUUGUCAUAA